GACUGAAAGGUUAAUCGAACCACAAGACGGCGUCGCCCAAUCUUAUAAUUUAGCCUGCGACAAAUUCAUAAACAAAAAAUAUCGUGCAGAUCUGUGCAGAUUGAUUUUUUGCGAUUUCCCGCCUGCAAAAAACAUUAAAUUUUGAAAAGAGAUCGUUCGUUAUGGAGGAGCACAUUUACAACAACUUCAAUCCGACGCGUUGUAACAUUUGCUUUACCCGGGCCACCGAUCGACGUUUGGCCCUGGCCGAUCAGAAAGUGCGCUUCUGCAAAGGAUGUCGCUUAAUUGGGUACUGCGGCGAGCAGCACCAGAAGGACGACUGGAAGAACCACAAGGAUUUCUGCCGCGCGGUUACCAAGAUACUCACCAUGAAGAAAAUCGAUCACAUCAUCGAAGUGCGGAACGAAAACGAUAAGAUUGUCGGCGGAACGAGGCGCGAUUUGGAAUGUGCCAUCUCCCUAGCGGAGUGUCUGAUAAUCUCGAUUCUGCAGCGUAAGCUCCUGCACCACGAGUACACCUUGCUGCGGUUUCCGAAUGUGUGUCACGUGUGCUUCGAGUACGACAUCGGUAAACUGAAGCCCUGCACCGGAUGCCACCAGAUAUUCUACUGCAGCGAGGAACACCGCCUGGUGGAUGCGGAAAAACAUGACCAGUGGUGCGAAAUGUACCGGGUCAAUAUGAUGCUUGAUGCGGAUUAUCCCACUCGGCUGGAAACAUUCGGUUUCUCAAAACUGAACGCAUUCAAGCGAGUAAAAUUCCCGGUGGACACGUUCGAUCUGGUAAACUUGGUAUACAGUGCCAACAUUCCUUGUAGGCCGGAAUCCAUAGAAGAUCUCAAUGACCUAAAAUUCGUAUCGAACUAUUCCCAUGUCAGUACCAUUUUGUACGCAUUGAAUUUGACCUACAUGUAUGAAGAACUGCAGGAAACGCUGGUAGUGUAUGUCGUCGGUGCCGAGUACGAGAUUGUGUACUUCGACUAUAACACAUGCUCGGUGAUAUUCACCUUCAUACCCCAGAUCCGGAAUGUGGUAAUCCAUUUCAUCGGGCCUGCUCUCAGUUCCAUCAAAGACGAAAUCGAACUCAACUACGAAGGCGCCCGUUCGGUUAAGAUGUACUACCACAAAGCAUUUUUCCAUUCCUUGGAACCGGCGCAACCAAUGGACCGACCUCAGAUCAUCAUAAGCUUCAACUGUGGCUUCCAUGAGCACAUCGAUUCCAACAGGGACACUUGGACCCACAGCUUGGUACGAUUGCUUCGCUUCGUCAACAUUCCAAUUGUGUUCACUUCGUACACCCGUGAGGAAGCCUGCCAGGAUUGUGCCAUUGUCUACAGCAUCGGCAAAAAAAUCAAGAAAAAAGAGCUCGUUUUUGUGAAACGCGCCAUCGAUAAUCCGUACAAGGAUUACAAACCGUUGCGUAACACGAAUCACAUGGACGGCUGCGACGAGCUGUAUUAUUCCAAUGGGUACUUCAGUCUGGUGGUUAGUCGAGUGCCCUAAUCUGUGAUUGCAUUUUGUACGCCGUAUUCUCGAAUCUUGAGUGCAUUCCUUUUGUCGUAUUUUAGUAUAAAGUGGUAAGUGAUGUUUUUUUUUUGUUUUACUAUAUUUUAUCUUUUGAUUAUCAUGAAACAUGUUGCUACUAUUUAUGGAGCAAAAUAUGUAUAUAUGUUGUGCGCUGAAAUGAAUUUAUAUAACUGGCGACCCUUAUUUUUGUGAUCAUUGUUAGUACAACAGUAAAAUGCUGGAUUUAUACUAUAGAA